AUGGCGAAAAAUGAACCUAUUCCGUGGAAGGAUAAUCGUACAGAACAACAAAAGUACGAAUAUCGAAAAAUGGUUGCUGAAGCAAAGAUCAUCCGACUCUCAGGUGUUUAUCAGGAAGCAAAACUUGCAAAUCGAUGGGAUCCAGAUAGAGAGUGCUAUCUUGAUGAAUAUGGAGGGUGUUGGGCGUUUUCGACAGUGGUUUCAAUUGAAGGAAUAAACGCGAUCAAAACCGGGGAACUGGUCUCAUUGUCGGAACAACAACUUAUUGACUGUGCUGAUGGUAUCAACCAAGGGUGUCGUGGAGGGAUAAUGGAACCAACAUUUAUUUCAUCCAACUACAUGGAGAUCCGCCAUCCACUCAUAACGAUUGACGGAUUUGAGGAUGUGUCUGAAUGCAACGAAGAAGCAUUAAUCAAAGCAGUCGCAAACCAACCAAUAUCGGCUGCCGUUGAGACUAACGAUCAUGAUUUUCAAUUCUAUAACAAGGACAAUGAGUGA